UCGCUUGACCUCGACUGCUGCUGCCCAUGGAUAUAGGACACGCGACUCGGUGCAACACUAUGGUUCUGUGUGUUUCUCUCGCUGUCAAGAUAAACAACUAUUGCAAUGCCUCGUUUACUCCAUUUGCUUACUCCGAACGUCAUCGUCUUCUUAGAGGUUGUCACUUACUUGCGCGGCACCCCUCUAGCAGGACCGUACACCAUCGUGCCUGAAUUAGCUGAGCCGUGCCCUAAAGAUCUAAUGGGUUUACCAUGGGACCUCGACGUCAAGUUCGUUAGGGAUCGAAGUAACCCAAACAUUUUCUUCGUAACGCUAAAUUGGGCUGGACAGUUUGUUUUUGACGACCACAAGGAAGCCCAUGCGGUUAUGGCUUCGUGGGACACAAGAGGAGGUUGGAAGGAGAACGCAUUAGUUAUGAAGUUCAAGAAGCUGUGUGCCACGUUCAAGACAUACAUGCCGGACUCAUGGAGAGAGAUGAUGAGGCUUCUCACAAGUAACGUCACUAUCACAGUGCGCGAUUGCCCAUUUCCACCGUUGCUGUUUAAUCCACUGCGUAGCCCUGACAGACUUUUCCACCCCUUGUCAUAUGGAGGAACACGGCGAGUCUUAUUAGACUUCCGAAUGUAGACCUUAUUCUUAUUUCUUCCCACUCGGUCCAUUUGAUCGCGGCGUGUAUGCUGAUGUUUUGAGUUGUAUUUGGUUUUUGUAUCUGACGUUGAAAUCAGGCCGUUCGGAUCAACUCGGAAUCUGUUAUUGCAUAUCGGUUGCUACAACGACGUGUGUCUCGUCGAGUCGCCCCCCCCCCCCUCCUGUGCCCG